UACUUGACGCUUUGACAUCUUCAAUGGGUCGAAUUUACAGAUAUAUACCGGGCAGGGAUAGACGUUUUAUCUGUUCACUGAUAUAGUAGGUGAUAAAAAUGUUUUAAUGAUUUAUUACUGCAGGAGAGUUUAAGUAAUCCAUACAUCAUGAUCCCGUUAAAACGCAGGAAAGUGUCUCAAACUGUGAACCAACCAAAUCAAACUUGUAAGUUUCCUCAUGUGUCUAUUUUCAUCUUGGAGAGAAAGAUGGGAUCAACUAGACGAGCAUUUCUCACACGACUAGGACGAAGCAAAGGAUUUCUUAUUACAGACACUUACAGUUCGUCCAUCACGCAUGUAGUGUCAGAGAACAACACUGGAGAUGACGUCCAGACCUGGAUUGACAACCAAACUGGACAAGAAUCUUCCAGUUCAGUUCAUCUUUUGGACAUCAGCUGGUUUACAGAGAGCAUGGAGGCUGGACAACCUGUUCCAGUAGAGGACAGACACAUAUUAAAGGUUAAUCCAAAACAAAAUGUGAACGAUAAUACAAUGCUGAUAAAAAGUUAUGCUUGUCAAAGACGGACACCCUUGAAGCACCACAAUUCAUUACUGACUGAAGCUCUUGAACUUCUGGCUGAAAAUGCAGAAUACAGCGAUAACGAAGGCAGGAGUGUGGCAUUUAGACGGGCAGCGUCUGUUUUAAAAGCACUUCCCUAUCGAGUGCAAACUAUGGAUCAGUUGAAGUGUUUGCCCUGCCUCGGUGAGCAUUCACAGAGAGUUAUAAAGGAGAUCUUAGAAGAUGGAACAUCAAGUGAAGUAGAGUCAACACGACACUCUGAGCAAUUUCAGGCCAUGAAGGCACUGACUGGUAUUUUUGGGGUAGGUGUUAAGACGGCAGAUCGCUGGUUCAGGGAGGGUUUGCGGUCUCCAUCCGAUCUGAUCUGCACUGGACAGCAGUUGAACCGAGCACAGCAAGCGGGUCUGCAGUUUUACGAUGACCUGAACAAACAUGUGACUAAAGCAGAAGCUGAUAUGAUCAGUGAGAUUGUGAAGGAAGCUGUGAGUGCUGUGCUGCCUGGAGCAGAGAUCCAGUUGAUGGGAGGAUUCAGAAGGGGGAAAGAAGUCGGUCACGAUGUGGACUUUCUCAUCACACAUCCUGAAGAAGGCAGAGAGGAAGGACUCAUGCCAAAGAUCAUAAACUGGUUGGAGGGGCGGAAUUUACUCUUAUAUCAGAAAUGGACCAGAAACUCUUAUUUGGAAAAAUUGGACGGUCCAGCUCGGCCAGCUAAUAAUAUGGACCGCUUUGAGAGAUGCUUUUCCAUAUUUAAGCUUGACAGACCUGCCGAGGCCACGGGAAGUGAAGGUGUAAGAUCCAGCGACCAAUCAGAGGCCUCGAGCUGGCGAGCAGUGCGGGUCGAUUUGGUGGUCAGUCCUUACAGCCAGUUUGCCUUCGCUACUCUUGGCUGGACGGGAUCAAAGCUUUUUGAGAGGGAGUUGAGACGGUGGGCGGGGCAAGAGAAGCGCAUGUCAUUGAGCAGCCACGCCCUUUACGACAGCAAUCAAAGAUGUUAUGUCAGAGUCCAGUCAGAGGAGGAAAUCUUCGCUUACCUGGGUCUGGAGUUUAUUCCUCCGUGUGAACGAAACGCCUGAAAACGUCUCUAUUCGUUUAUCACUACAUAUGUGCCUGUUUGCUUUACAUUCAUCUGCCGACUAUGCAUUUCUGCUCUCAAAGCAGUUGAUCAGAUCAUGUGUCGUAAAUAAAGCUUUUUAGUAAGUAAUGGAAAGAGACAGCAAAUGUUUUGCAAAGAUCAGAUAUCUGACAGUGUUUUAGUGCACAUGAUUUGAUCAGAAGCGUUUAGUCUUUCCAUAUCCUGUGCUGUGACUCAGUAUGAGGUUCUUUUAGGUAAAACUUGAACUAAAAUGGAGUUAUUUUUUGUAAGAGAUUUCCUGUUGAUAUUUAUAAAAUACAUUGUUUGAAACUUGAUCAUUAAAUUAUUUAUAUUUUAUGCUUAAAUACAUCAUUAAAACUAUUUUACUUGAAA